CUGAACAGAGAAAUGUCUCUCGAAGAAGAUUGCUGACGGGAGGAGAGGCCUAGGAAAGACGUAACCCUUAUAAUCAAUCUAAAAUUACAAGAUUUGGUCUCUCCGGGAAGGCAGUAGUCCAGCCGGGAUAACAAUCUUGAUUGUCACAAUUUCAGGGUGUAAAGCUUUGAAGGAAAUGGAUUUAAUUAAAACUUCUGAUUCAGAUUGUUACUGCUACUAUCAAAAUCCCCAAAUGGAGUGGAAAUACAUGUGGUCAACCCUGCAGGUGAAAAUUACCAGUCCAGGCCUGCUCAGUAUUGUAUAUAUUACAGAAAGACAUAAUUGCCAGUAUCCAGAAACCAUUCUAUCUUUAAUCAAAUGUGUGAUUCAUAACUUUUGGACACCAAAGGAGUCUAAUGAAGUAUCCAUAAUCAUCAAUCCAUACGGGGAGACUGUGUGCUUCUCUGUGAAGCCUGUGAGGAAGGUAUUUAUGUAUACAGUAAGAGUGAAUCGAAACGUUGUGGAUUUUAAACUGUUCCUGGUGUUUGUGGCAGGCAUUUUCCUUUUCUUUUAUGCAAAGACCUUGAGUCAAAGCCCUAUAUUCUAUUACUCUUCUGGGACCGCACUAGGUGUUCUAAUGACAUUAGUCUUUGUCCUGCUGUUGGUGAAAAGGUACAUUCCAAAGUAUAGCACCUUUUGGGCUCUAAUGGUUGGUUGUUGGUUUGCUUCAGUUUAUGUUGUAUGCCAAUUGAUGGAAGAUCUCAAGUGGCUGUGGUAUGAAAACAGAAUAUGUAUAUUAGGCUAUGUCUUGAUAGCUGGAUCUUUGAGCUUUGCUGUCUGUUACAAACAUGGGCCCCUUGUUGACAUCUGGAGCAGACGUCUUCUGAUGUGGACGCUGCGGUUCCUCUCCCUGGUUCUAGUCUACGCUGGUGUGGCAGUGCCUCAGUUCGCCUAUGCAGCUAUGAUCCUCCUCGUGUGCUCCUGGAGUCUGCACUACCCACUGAAAGCAUUAACUUACAUGAGGUGGAAAGUGAAGCAAUGGCUUACAUCAGAAAAGCUGGUGGUGAAGCAUCUCACUGAAGACGAAUACAGAGAACAAGCCGAGGCCGAGACGAGCAGUGCGCUGGAAGAACUGCGCCAGGCCUGCCGCAGACCCGACUUCCCCUCGUGGCUGGUCGUCUCCAGACUCCAGGCUCCGAAAAAAUUUGCAGACUUUAUUCUUGGAGCAAGCCAUUUGUCACCUGAGGAAAUUAGUCUGCAUGAAGAACAAUAUGGCCUUGGGGGUGCCUUCUUGGAAGAGCAGCUCUUUAACCUGAAGACUGCCUGACAGUCUGCCUGUGAGUUGACUUCAUUCUGGACAAGGAAGUGGGUAAAGGGCAGGGAUUCUAUUAAAGUUGAGCGGAAAGUGGCAAAAGCAUUGGUAUGGAGAAAAAUGUGUCAUACUGGAAAGGAAAACUAACCUGUAUUGAAGAUAACGUUAUUCUUGGUGAGUUUUGCUUCUUAUUGUAUUGUAGGUGGGCACCAAGAUUCUGUGACAGAAUUAUUACCACUUUCUUUGAAUGUAGACUUUCGUAAGGAACAAGGGACUCAUGUUGUUCUUCACGGGGCCAGUGAGCAUGAACAAGUGCCUUGUCAACACAAGGGUCACUAAAUCUUCCCUUAUUCCCCCGAGCCUGUGUCAGAAGACUCUACAUUACUUUUCCAACAUUGCUGCAUUACCGUUCAUCAAUGUCAGUGCUAGAAGAGAUCUGAUAUAUGCUGGACCAUUUUUUUUCAAAGUAUAGUUCACAGGAUAUUAAGUGUCAGUCAGUAAAGGGAUUCUGAGGUCAACUAAGAUGGAUACAGUGUUAAACAAAUAUAUUGCAGGACUUCUCAGAGCCUUUAAUAACGCUAAUGCACAUUGUGAAUCUCCUAAUGGGGAGAAAUUGUGUGCAGCAGUUUCUGACUUAAUUUGACCAUAGAACCCUUUUUCAUGAGAUUAAUAUUCCUUGGAACAUAUGUUUGGAGAGUACUAAUGAUGGUGGAAUUGAACUUUGGGGAGGUUAAAUAGCUUGUCCAAGAGCACAAAGCUGUUUAGAGGCAGCACUGGUAGAACUCCAGCCUCAUGUGUCCUAUGACUUGGGUAGAAGAAAUCUACAGACACAAUGCCAUCUCCCUACAGCCUUGGGUCUCAGAGUGUUGGUGACUUUUUAAAAAGUAAUGGCCAAGUAACUAUUUAAUAAUUGUGUUAAAGGAAACAUUUUUUAAGAUUACAUUUUAAAGUUUUGAUAUGAUUUUUAUAUACAUAUGUAAGGAUUAGAAAUUAGAAUUACUUUUUGUAUGUUGAAAUUGAAGGCAUUUAACCUCAUGACAUUUUGAGUUGACUGAUCCAUUUAAAAAAUUGUUUAGCUAUAUAUGUUUGUAACAGUUUUGUACAAAAUAGGUUUGUGAUCCUUUUACAGAAAGCAAAUCUUUUUUUCUUGAUCCAUGAUGUUAAACUCUGGAGCAAAAUAAGGGACUGUGAGCUUUGACCCUGAAGAAAGGAGGCCAAAACAUAGAUCUGAGAAAAGAUUUGAACAUGGCAAAACCACCUAAGCAUUAAGAUAUUGCUAAAUUGAUUCUCCUUGAGAAUCAAACUCAGGCAUUUUUGCUGUAAUGGGAUCAUAAAGAAUGAGGAAUCCCCUUUUACAAGAAAGGUUAUGUGGGAGGGACAUACAGGGAAUUUGGGCACUGAUGCUCUCCUGAGCCAAGUUUAGUAGAGUUUUUCUAAACUAUUAAAUAAGAGCAUGGCUAUGCAUUUGGAACUUUCUAGAUUGAUUUUUAAGUACUGUUUCCUCUUUGGAGCAGUAUGUCAGUGUUUACAAGUCUGUUUUUGCCAGACAACUUUUAAUAUU